AUGGACCCAAAUCAUAGAAUGACUUCAGAAGAGAUUCUAAAACAUUCGUUUUUUACACACGAUCGAUUUCCACAGAGGUUUUUACCAGCCUUAAGAGAGAAGGUGAACUUGGAGUUCAAUAAUCCUCUUUUGAGGAAGUUUAAGACAGAAAUAAUCAUGUCAACUGACAAAAAGGAUGAGGUUAAACCUCGCAGAUCGUCGAAUGAUCAAAGAUGGAGGUUUACGUUACACGAAGGUUCAAUGAAGAGGAAAUACUCGUGCGAUGUUGUAAGCAAUGAAAACGAUAAAAGCCUUAUAACGCUCACUAAAAGUAGUCAAAGAUUGAAUGUAACACAAAAAAAUAAUUCAACCAUGAAACCAAGCAAGGAAAAAGCAAAGGGGAAUAAUAUGUUGGAGAUGCAGAUGUUGGAGAAGUCUCUGGAAAGCUUGGCGAAGUUUUCCACUAAAGAAGAACGACCUCUAUCGGCUCAAAAGGAAUCUUUGAGUCCGUUAUUACGGACAUCGCCACAACAGUUUCAAUCGCUGCACUAUCACUUGAACGACUUUCAAAAAUCCCCAAAUAUACUUCAGCCCAGUAUUAAUAAUAUAAGUUUCAACAAGGAUUUUACGAAAAAAGUGACCCCUGUAACCACGUCAUCAAACCAAAGACCAGCGUAUUUAAAGAAGUUGGAAAGAAAUAUUGUUCUGGAGAACUAUUCUACCACCAAUGACGAAAGUAGUCCUCUGUGGUUGAACAGUUUCUCCACCAACUUGAGGAGGAGGAAAGAAUGUUCCAAAGGGAAAAUUGAUGACUUUGUGUUACCCAACUUGCCCGGAGCAUCUGGAAGCCCCCACAAACCCAAGAAAAAAAGUUUGCCAGAAAUUGAUCUAAGCCACUCUAACCAAGUAACGCCUUAUUUCGACUAUGUUAUACCAAUAUUCCAUAGAGAUGUAAAACCUGAAAAUGUUUUGGUUUCAUCUUUGGGGGUUGUGAAACUAUGUGAUUUUGGUUUUACCAGGCAUGUUAGUACCAUGAACGAGCCUUACACUGAAUAUGUGGCCACACGAUGGUAUAGAGCGCCUGAACUACUUGUCGGUAAACCCAACUAUGGAGCCCCAGUGGAUAUUUGGGCUAUCGGAUGUCUAUUCGCUGAAAUGAUUACUGGGGACCCUAUAUAUCCUGGCGAUAGUGAUAUAGAUCAACUCUACCUAAUUGUGAAAAUGCUGGGCAAACCUUGCUUAAGGCAUCAACAAUUGAUGUUGAAGAACGCCCAGUUGAAAGGUAUGAUAAAAAGUCCAACUGGAGAGAAUAAUUUGUACAAAACAUUCCCAUCUUGGUCGCUUCAAGCGAUUGAUUUUCUCUCGGGCUGCAUCAAAAUGGACCCAAAUCAUAGAAUGACUUCAGAAGAGAUUCUAAAACAUUCGUUUUUUACACACGAUAGAUUUCCACAGAGGUUUUUACCAGCCUUAAGAGAGAAGGUGAACUUGGACUUCAAUAAUCCUCUUUUAAGGAAGUUUAAGACAGAAAUAAUCAUGUCAACUGACAAAAAGGAUGAGGUUAAACCUCGCAGAUCGUCGAAUGAUCAAAGAUGGAGGUUUACGUUUCACGAAGGUUCAAUGAAGAGGAAAUACUCGUGCGAUGUUGUAAACAACGAAAACGAUAAAAGCCUUAUAACGCUCACUAAAAGUAGUCAAAGAUUGAACGUAACACAAAAAAAUAAUUCAACCAUGAAAUCAAGCAAGGAAAAAGCAAAGGGGAAUAAUAUGUUGGAGAUGCAGAUGUUGGAGAAGUCUCUGGAAAGCUUGGCGAAGUUUUCCACUAAAGAAGAACGACCUCUAUCGGCUCAAAAGGAAUCUUUGAGUCCGUUAUUACGGACAUCGCCACAACAGUUUCAAUCGCUGCACUAUCACUUGAACGACUUUCAAAAAUCCCCAAAUAUACUUCAGCCCAGUAUUAAUAAUAUAAGUUUCAACAAGGAUUUUACGAAAAAAGUGACCCCUGUAACCACGUCAUCAAACCAAAGACCAGCGUAUUUGAAGAAGUUGGAAAGAAAUAUUGUUCUGGAGAACUAUUCUACCACCAAUGACGAAAGUAGUCCUCUGUGGUUGAACAGUUUCUCCACCAACUUGAGGAGGAGGAAAGAAUGUUCCAAAGGGAAAAUUGAUGACUUUGUGUUACCCAACUUGCCCGGAGCAUCUGGAAGCCCCCACAAACCCAAGAAAAAAAGUUUGCCAGAAAUUGAUCUAAGCCACUCUAACCAAGUAACGCCUGUGAGUGUAACAGUUGAUAAAAAACUACCUUUAUACUAA